AUGUCGUUGAACUGCUCGUCCUUAGCUUGGACUCACACGCUUUCCAAUGAUGUGCAGGAUUCACUGGAGGGCCUGUAUGGUGCGCCGAAGCUCCCGAAGCACCCAUCAUUCAGCAUCAGGAAGAGCACUGUUCUGGCCACACUGGACUUUGUAAAGGCCCUUGGAGACAUUUCCUUUGGGCUCGUGGAUGUCUUUCCCAACGAGGACAGGCAAACGGCUCUCGGGGAGUCCCUUGCAGAGCUGAACGCGCAUCUUGCGGGCAUGCCAGCAAACGAGGGGGUGCUUCAGAGUGGUGAGGCUGCUGGAGGACGAGGCUGUGCUCAUGAGCUCGCGGGACAGAGUGCCCUUCAUGCUGCUGCUCGAAGUCCUCAACUGCCUCCCCUUGAGGCUGGCACAGCACCCGAGGGCAUGGCGCCGGCCAAGACUGGCAUCCCCCUGGCGGCCAGCCAGCCCCUGCCCAUGCGCCCGCCCCCCUGGGCGCUGCACAUGUGGAGCCAUGCGCGCCCCGCCUCUCAGCACGCGCAGGACGCCCCCUUGGGUCUGUCACGCACGUUGUCAGACAUGGCUCUGGACCGCGCCAUGGCCAGCAUGUACUCCCGCAUGCGCCUCGUGCAGCUCAGCCUUGAAGUCUGCAAACGACCACCUGCCACUGCUGCUGCUGCUGCUGCUACUGCUGCUGCUGCUGCUACUGCUACUGCUUCCGCUCCUGCUGCUGGUGUGAGGACAGAUAUCCUGAGUCAAGUGCAGCAGGCAGUAGCAGCUGGAGCAGCACUGGCUGGUGCAGGCAGCAAGCCCAACCCGAGUUCAAACACCCCAUCUGUGGCCUCCAACACGGAUACAGAGAAGGAGGGCGAUGCAGGGCAGGCAGAGUGGGAGGAGUACGUGAGUGUGAGGCUGGUGGCGGUGCCAGGGGUGACUCUUGAUGACCUCACAGGCCUGGAUGCUGUCAGCCUCUCCCGUGGUCGAGCCAGAGUGCCCAGCAGCCUUGCCAUCGCACAUGUCCGGGUACGUGCCUCCUGCCCCCCCUGCACCUUACGUUCUAUAAUAUCAGCUAGCCUGUAA